AAAGAUUUACUGGCAGCUUCUGUGUGCUGUGUGUACUUAUUAUUCGAAAGCACGGAGUAUACUCCGUGUUCGAAAGUAACGAAGCAUAUGUAAUGUUUUCAUAUUAUUGAAUUUUCGUUAAACUUUAUAUAAAAUUAAGUGAUAUUUAAAAAAACAAAAUGAGUUUCUCAUUUGGUACUAAUCCAACACAACAAGCUCAGCCAAUGUCUAAUUUUGCUUUUAAUCAGCAACAGCAGCAGCAGCAACAGAAUAAAGGCUUUAGUUUUGGAGCUGCACCUGCUUCAACAGGAUUUGGAUUUGGAACACCAGCAACUACUGCUUCAACAGGAUUUACAUUUGGUACUACUCCUCAAGCGUCUGUAGCAAGUGGUUUUACAUUUGGUACUACUCCUCAAGCAUCUGUAACAAGUGGUUUUACGUUUGGUACACAAAAUGCUGCUCCCGCAAGUGCUGGUUUCUCAUUUACUGGUGCUGCACCUACCACAUCCAGUAGUGGAUUUGCUUUUAAUACAAAUAUGCCUGCAGCAUCUACGAGUUCUAGUUUUAUGUUUGCUCCAGCUACUACAACAACAGCCUCUACAGGCUUUGGAUUUGGUAGUUCAGGCAUGUCUACAACAAGCACUGGCUUUGGAUUUGGGGCAGUUCCAACUGCUGCUGCUCCAACUACUACUUCUAUAACUUCUGGUUUUGCUUUUGGAGCUACAUCUGGAGCCCAAAGUAGUGGAUUAUCUUUUGGCACCCCUGCACAGAGUGGAACUGGAUUUUCAUUUGGAGGUGCUGCUACAACAACAUCCACAACUGGUUUUUCUUUUGGUGCACCAGCCACAAGCACUGCAACCACUAAUAUGGGAUUUAGUUUUGGUACCCCUGCUGCUACUACUACUACAUCUACUGGCUUUGCAUUUGGUAAUAUACAGAGUACUCCUGCUUCUUUUAGUGGAUUUGGUAUGCCUGCUGCUACGAGUAGCAGUACGUUUGGCACAUUGCCAUCAGCUACUGCAACAUCUACUGCUGCUACUGCUGCUCCAACAGGGUUUAGUUUUGGACAGGCAGCAACUGGGUUUGGAUUUGCAGCUUCUUCUGGUCCUGCACCAAAUGCCACAAUUAGUGCUUCUUUUGCAACUCCUGCUACUACUUCCAUGACUGCAGGUUUUGGUACUAACACUCAGCCUACAAUAUCUGGUGGUGGACUUCAAUUUGGUCUUCAGCCUUCUACUACCUCAAUGGGUACGACUCCAUUUUCAGCUACUGGCUUUACUUUUGGUGUUCCCAAGACUACUGCAACUACAGCCGAAACCACAACAAGUCAGUUUCAAAUGCCAGUUGCUGCUUCUAGUGCUUCAGGAUCUCUUUCUUUUGGGAUGAGCAUUGCCAGCUCUGUGGCUGCAACUACAACAAGUGCACCUCUUGGUUUUUCCUUGGGAAGUGCUGCUGCUAGUAAACCUCAAGAAGGAACUGGAACAACAUCUAUAUUUACAAUGAAUAAACCUGUGACAUCUAUUGGUAUGUUAUAUUUAUUUAACAUGUGUGAGAGAAGUGUGUGCUCAAAAUUAUGAUUUCAGGCAUUUGCUCAUGCUUAUGAGUAAAGCAUUUUUAAAGUUUGCUAUUUAUAACACAGUUAUUGUUAUACUGUUUUAUAGUUAUUAUAACGCAUUUGGUAUUUAUAAUGAAAGAGAGCAAAAUGCCUCAUUUUUUCUCAAAAUAUAUUACUCUCAAGUUUAAUGUAUUUUAAUCAAAACUACUUUUGCCUGUCACUUUUUCAAUUUUAUGCAUUGUAUUAAAAGUAUUCACAUAAAAUAAGAAGAAUUCCAUAAUUUAGUUUAAUUAUUUUGUCUUUUUUGUGCACAUAUUUUAAUUGACAAGGAAAAUCGCCUGAAAUGCCUGGGCAUUUAGAUAUCAGCGGGUUGGCACAACACCUGCAUCUGUUUUGUACCUAAUGCUUUCACCCACAUCACGUUAGUGCAUGGCUCGUUGAUUUUGGAAGCUGCUAAAUGACAUGCCACUCAUUCUUUUGAAGUGGCUAAAGUAGCUGUCUUAUUAGAAUGUACCUGUUUCCUCUCUUUUGUUUGUCAUCAACAUUUAGCUGUUGAUGCUCGCAAUUGCAAUCCUGUCUUAAGGGGAAACUGCAUACCAUGGAGGUAAGAAUAAAAGGAAGGGUCAGGCCCGCUCUAUGAGUAAAGCAGUGCUCCCAGACUUUUGUCUCCAUAUAAAUCGAAAAGCGGGCACUUCCGCAUAAAAAAAAAAAAAAAAAAAAAA